AUGGGAGUCAUUGAAAUAAUCUCGCAAGACCAGUUUACUGAGAUUACUACUGGUCAACCAGAUUCUAAGCUGAUUACUUUAUAUUUCCAUACUACUUGGGCUGAACCGUGUAAAACAAUCAAUGAGGUCUUUGCUGCCCUGAGCGAGGAAACUACUAAUAAAGACGUCCUAUUUGUGAGUAUUAAUGCCGACGAACAGACGGAGAUAUCCGAGCUUUUUGAGGUGUCCGCAGUUCCUUAUUUUGUUUUAAUUAGAAAAGGUACUAUUUUAAAAGAGCUGUCUGGAGCGGACCCUAAGGAGCUUAUCAAUGCUUUGAACCAGUUCAACGGGAGCGGGAAUAGCAGCGGCGGUGUUACUGGCGGUUCAAGUAAUGUGGAUGCGGAGGAGGAGACAGAAGAGCAGCUGAACGAAAGAUUAAGGAGUCUGACUAAGGCAGCUCCAGUAAUGCUUUUCAUGAAGGGCACGCCCUCAGAGCCAAAAUGUGGUUUUUCUAGACAGAUGGUGGGUAUUCUAAGGGAACACCAAGUGCGUUUUGGCUUUUUUGAUAUUUUAAAGGACGAUAGCGUCAGACAGGGGCUAAAAAGCUUCUCGGACUGGCCCACAUUCCCUCAGUUGUACGUUAACGGUGAGUUCCAGGGUGGUCUCGAUAUUAUUAAGGAGUCGUUAGAAGAAGAUCCAGAGUUCUUUCAGCACACCUUGCGUUCGUAA